UCUCGUAAUAAGCGAAAGCGGGAGAUUAAACGCCUUAAUUUGAGCAAAAUCGGGUUACUAAACCUCUUACAAAUUGCAUAUAUAUAUGAGGUCUUUUUCUUCCCCAAUUUACAGCCCCAGCCCCCCACAAUCACCAGCGAAAAACCUAACCCCUGAGAUGGCGAAGCGAACCGAGGGGGUGGAGAGGUUAAGUGAUGAAGAUCUUUUAACCGAGGUGCUUUCUAGACUCCCCGUAAAAUACUUACUCCAAUGCAAAGCCGUGUCAAAACCCUGGUACUCUCUCAUUUCGAACCCUAGUUUCAUCAAAUCUCAUUAUCAACGUCAUGCUAUUACAAUCAACGGCGCUGUGGAUGAUAAUAAUGAACAAGCUCCUACUCUCAUUGUACGCCUUUUCAAACAAGAAGAUCGUGAUGACCAUCCUGAAGAAGACGGCUCCUAUUCACUCUUCCGACUCGGUAAUCGUGAUGAAUAUGUAGCCGAUCUUGGUUUUCCUUUCUCCAGAGGUGAUUAUCCCUUCACGCCUCCCUCUAUUCUCGUUGGUUGUGUUUGCGGAAUUGUUUGUGUUUGUGUUGAUCCUUCUGCUCCUAUUGAUGCUAUUCAUUGCGUGCCUGCUUGUGAUAAAGCUACUGACAUAUACAUUUGGAAUCCCGCAACUAGGCAAUCCAAACUCAUUCCCUCGCAUGCUCUUUACAACUGUGAUGAUAAGAAUAAAGUUGCUUUAGGCUUCGGGUUUGAUCCCGUUGAUUUUGAUUUUAAGGUUGUUAGGGUUGUAUCUCGUGCUAUUUUUCCUCAGGUCUAUUCUGCAAAUAGAGAUACUUGGCGAAACAUUGAGAUUAAGUUGAUUGAUAUUCCCUACAACUGUGCGUUUGAUAUAUGCCUCCAUGGAUUUUUGUUUGCCAUGGGAUGUAGUGGUAUGAUGGCUUUUAAUCUAAAUAAGGAGGUGUUUAUUUGUGAAAUUAAGCUACCUAUUAAACCUAGUGACCCUCACAAAUGUUACGAUGCCCGAAUUGUUGAUUUCAAGGAUUCUAUAGCUAUUAUGUUCUCUAAUGACGAGGAGCUGAGCAGCGGAAAAAUUAACUUGUGGACAUUAGAUGACGAGGCAUGCCUUCGUGAUGGUGGAGUUGAGGCGUCAUGGACUUUCAUGCUUAAUAUUGACGUAGAGAGCCAGCAAAUGCUGCUAGUCACAGGAUCAAAAUUAGUCAAUUGGUCUGAUGAUGAAGAUGUGGAAAGCAGUGUUGAUUUGGAAGAUGAUUCAGAAGGUGAUAAUGAGGAAGACAGUGUUGAUUUAGAAGAUGAAAAUGAGGAGAGUCAACAGUAUUUCUCAAGCUGAUAAGCAGCUUAGAAUCUGACGAUUAUUGCGAGGAAAAAGUGCAGAUCCUGAAGGUGAUGAUGAUAUUACUCAUCUUGAUUAUUGUAUUUCUAUGUUCAUGUUCCUCAAUUCAUUUUACAUUUCUAAACCGUGUGGGAUAAUUCGACGUUUCUCACCAUGACUUGGACAUGAAUAAAUAUUUUAUAAUGUGUGUGUUUUAUCCUGGUGCUAGUUGACUAUAUUAGCUAUUGGAUUGAGUCAAUCGAAUUGAGAGAUACAAGUUAUGACAUUCUUGCAGGUCGAGGAACCCUCUUAAAUGGGUACACAGGUAUAUGAGGAUCCCAUGAAGCCAUACUAAAAACCAUUCAGCGAAUGCCACACAUAUGAUAGAGGCCUAGUUACACAUUGAAAUCUCCUUUGUUUUCAAGAACAUGAUUGUAAUUUGUACAUGGAGUAUUAUUUACUCCAUAAAUUCUAUAUUUAAUCAAUAAAUUCUCGAUUAGUAUUA